UCUCCACGGCUGCUCAGCCUGGCGAGUGUAGGAAGUCUGUGGGUGAGCGGCGAGGCAGGUGGAGGGACCGGCACUUGGGGGAAGGAUGGAAGACAUGCAGAUAACCUUUAUCAGAAAAGAUGGAAUUGGGAAAAGGAAAACUUCUCAGGACUGGGCUGAAUGCAUUAUAUCAAGCAAUACACCCAAUUCACGGCCUUGCCUGGACCGAUGGGAAUCAGGUAGUCCUGACUGAUGUACAUCUUCAAUGUGGAGAGGCCAGGUUUGGGGACUCAAAGGUCAUUGGACGUUUUGAACAUGUGUAUGGGGUGUCCUGGGCCCCACCUGGUACAGCUGACAUGCCCGCUCUGCUCGCUGUCCAGCACAAGCAGCAUGUCACUGUGUGGCAGCUGCGUCCCAGCUCUGCAGAGACAAGCAAAUGGCUGAUGUCUCAGACCUGUGAGAUUAGAGAGUCAUCCCCUCUCCUUCCCCAAGGCUGUGUGUGGCACCCAAAAAGUGCUGUCCUGACUGUGUUGACUGCACGGGAUGUCUCCAUUUGCCACAAUGUUCACUGUGACAGUUCCCAGGUAAAAGCAGACCACGGUACCCAGAGCCUUAUUCACUGUGCAUGUUGGACCCAGGAUGGCCAGAGGUUGGUGGUGGCAGUAGGCAGCAGCCUGCAUUCUUAUAUUUGGGACAGUGCUCAGAAGACCCUCCAUAGGUGCUCCUUCUGCUCAGUCUUUGAUGUGGACAGCUGUGUGCGCUGCAUCGGAGCCACUGUGGGCUCACAGGUCGCCAUAGCCACCGAACUUCCACUAGAUAAGAUCUGUGGCUUACAUGCAUCUGAAACACUUGAUGUUCCACCUGGCAGUGAAGACACUUGUCUGUAUACUUCCCCAGUUUUUGAUGAAGUGCACUCUGAGUAUAAGCGGGCAGUCCCUUCUGAAACAAAUUCUGAAACAUCAGUUUCUUCCUCUUCAUACCCUUUGGAUCUAACUCAUAUACAGUUCGAUAGAUCUAAGUCUGAGGGUAAUGCUCUUAUUUGUCUAAAGAAAAAGGACAACUUGACAGGAACUGGUCUGGAUUCUUCACAUUUGGUCCUUGUAACCUUUGAGAAUGAGGUUACCCAGACCAGAAAAGUCACCAUUCCGGGCAUUCUGGUUCCUGAUCUAAUAGCGUUUAACCUUAAAGCCCAUGUCGUGGCCGUGGCUUCUAAUACUUGUAAUAUAAUUUUUAUCUAUUCUGUCAUUCCAUCGUUUAUGCCAAACAUCCAGCAAAUUCAUUUAGAGAGGAGUGAAAGACCAAAAGGCAUAUGCUUCUUGACAGAUAAAUUAUUAUUAAUUUUGGUAGGAAACCAAAAAUCCACUGAUUUGGCAUUUCUUCCUCCUUCAGAGUCUGAUGAGUAUGUCAUUCGCUUGAUUGUUAGAGAAAUAAUGUCGGAAGACUUAUUUCCAGUAACACUGAGCAAAAACCGGAGUGGCUCCUCUACUUGCAGUACUCUGUUAAACAAAGCAGAGAGAAAAAAGCUAAUUGAACAUCUUUCCCCAGAUUUUUGUCACCUAAACAGAGGGCUCUUGUUAACAGCUAAUAACAGUAGUCACCGUGGAGGGCCUGGGAGUCCCCUGAUUAAAGAAAUCAAAAGGCCUCCCUCCAGUGUCUGGGAUGGCUCCAAAGCCCUGGAAGCUCUAGAUGCCAAGCCUGUGAACUGGGCAGUGACACUGCCCAGAUCCGGCAGCACAGCAGACCACACCAGCACCCCGGAACCUCCUAAUUUCCCCCAAAGAGAGAACUUACAAAGGGAAAUUUAUCAGCUCUCCGAGGAACUGAAAAUUAUAUCUAGGAACCUAACUGAAGUCCAGCAAUGUCUUUCUGAACUCACAGACUUCCGACACAAUGAAAAGAAAUCCUCUCCAGUGUAUCCACUCGCACAGGAGCUGCCUUAUGUCCACAUCACUUAUCAGAAACCUUAUGGUGCAGGUUCUGUUGUUGAAAAAAGAGAUGUGCUUCUCUGCAGUGGCAAACUAAGACUCCAAACAGUUCAGCAGACUUUUGGCCUCUCUCUUAUUGAAAUGCUGCAUGACUCCCGCUGGAUCCUUCUCUCUGCUGAUAGUGAAGGCUUCAUCCCGUUAACUUUCACAGGCACGCAGGAAAUAGUCGUGAGAGAUGGCAGCUCCGGGUUGUCAAAUAUCCUCAGAGACUCUUUGUUUGUCUCAAAGUCUUGAUUCUAUUCCUGGUCUUGAAGUCUUUUAGAGACCUUACUGCUCGAAGUUUAGAUACCACCGGCCGUUCUAACCAUUUAGGCAGUAUGGCCUGGUAUUUUUAAGUGGAGUAUUUGCUGCAUAGCUGUUCAGAUGAGACCAUUGCAAACAAGAUCUCUUUAUCACCGUGGACUCCACAGCUGGUAUUUGCACUGUUGCACAGAGGUGAAGCACUUGCCAUGGUUCAUGGUUGGCUCGGCCCGCUUUCCCCCGUUCCCCCAGGCUGAGGCUCGCUGCUCUGUAGCAGAGCUCAGUUUUGGUUAGAUGGCUCAGAAAGUGGUUGUUUAUGUAUUCAUGACUGUGGUUUUUUUUCCUAAGGGCAGAAUUCCCAGAACAAAACAAUAUUAUGGUACCAUAUGGGUUGUGUUUUGCGGUUUCUCGGAGGCUUUGUCCCUUGCCCAAAACUGUGUCAACGCUGUCUUAGAAGCACUUAAAAGGUAUCUCAGCAUUGUCUAUAGAUGUUUCCCUUGGCUCAAAGAUGAGGGUAAGGAGUACGGGAGAACAUAAACUCCAGCAUGUUCAUUUUACCCCCAAACCAGCAGGAAUCAUCAGAGCUCGAAGGAAGAAAAAAAAAAACCCGAUUGACUUCUGCUCCCAGGGGUACCUAGAACAGGAAAUAGUUCUAAUGUUAGCUGGAUUUCCUAGAAUUUAAACUGAACCCACUCGCUUCCUUAGAAAAUUCUGGCAGAAAAAGGUCCAGAAACUCCUGAAAACUGGCCCUGGGCAAACUUCAAUGACAUUUCAAGUGCUUUGACCCAUCUGGACCCCACGUAAGCAUGUGCUGAUGUUACUAGUGCGAUGCCAAGCACAAGUGCGGUGUAAAGCAUGGUUUUGUGCUGUUGCCACUCUGACUUUCUCCCGGAGAUGCCUUUUUUUCAGUUUGGGGAUUAUAAAAAUCUAUUUUUCUCCUUGUAAUCAAUUUUUUUUAGUUAAAUUGUCACUUUAAUUUUGAUGUUUUUCUUUUCCCUCCAUUCAAGUCUUAGAGACCAGAAUAGAGUCUCUUGAGAGAAAGUAUUUCAGAAAGUUAGACAUUUCACUGAAUCUGAGGUAGUUCUAAAAAGUAUCAGUUAUUAUAAUUAUGGGCUAAAGUACCAGCGUAGUAUAGUGGAAAGAUCCCUGAUUCCAACUUCACAUAGACCCGGCACUUCUCACUGCUUUCAAACACAAUUAUAAAUUUCAAUUACUUUAGCAUAACAAAUUGAUCAGUGUGUGGCUGGCUAGUCAGGGCACAUCUGCAGAUAGAUUUUUCAGCCAUAGAAGCUCCAUUAGCACAUAGACAUCUUUUCCCCUUUAAAAUUAUCUGGAAAGAAAUAUUUUGUACCCUUGGGGACUCCUAUCUGCCUGUUACAGUUGAUGAAGAUGAAGCUGGGAUAGGAAAGAAGCAAGGAAAGGCCCAUUUUGUGGUUCAAAUGCAUUAGAGAGCUUCUGGGAUAAUGGAAGUGGAGGCUACUUGUCUAUAAUCAGUGGCCUGAGAGCAGUGGCUGAGGACAGUCUGGGGCCUGGCUCCACUUGCAAAGGAAGUGACUGGGUGGGAUGAAAGCCCACGACUGAAACAUAAGAGGGGGCCUGAGGGACCCUGGAAUAAUCAGAAGCCUGUGACUGAGCCUUCAAUAAAAUCACUUAUGGGCAGUGUGGCUGUUAUGAAAGUUUCUAUGGUAUUUUCUUUGUGAUUAUUGCUGGUAUACAGAAAUAGUUUUGAUUUCAUGUAUGUGUGUGUUGUCUCUGUAUAUCUUCUGGUAGACAGUCCAGAAUAUAAGUUAUUUAGUUCUUUACAAUAAAUCUGAUUCCAUGACAACUCUCAUAAAAAAGAUGUUUCCUUGGCCUCUGCUAUUAUAGUCAUUGGAACAAUAGAAGAUAAUCCAGUAUUUGCUGGCUUUGGAGACAGGGAGAGAGGAGCUAGAUUCUUUCAGUUAUUGUUUAAUGUUAUGUUGAGAAUAUUUUGCACAUAGAAAUCCCAUUUUGGGCCCAAAUUUUUCUAAAUUUUGUAUAGGUGCUAUUUGAUACAUGCAGAUAUAAAGUAUAGGAAAGCUUAAUAAUAAAAUGAACCACCUACUACCUAAUUUAAGAACCAGAACAUUACAAGAAACCGUUCAAAUUCCGUGCGUGUCCCCCCCAGAUCGUUUUCAUAGAAUUCCACCCCAGAGGUAACUAAGCUCUUGAUUGUUGUAAUUAUAAUUUUUUCCUUCCUUUUCUUUUUAAAAAGGAAGUUUUUCACAACCACAUAUACACCUUGGCCUAAACAAUAUAAUGUUUAUUUUCCCUUGUUUUUGAACUUUAUGCAAUGGUAUUAUAUUGUAUAUAGUCUUCGGUGGCGUGCUUUUUUUUUCUUUUCACUCAGUAUUGUUGUUCACAUUCAUACUUGUUAUGUGUAUAUACUGUUACUUUCACUGCUUUGAGUUACCACAGUUUGUCCAUUUUCCUGCCGUGCACAUUUGGAUUUUUCUCUAGUUUUGUUUUUGCAGUUGUAAACAAUGUUGCUUUGCAUAUCCUGGUUAAAUAUCUCCUGAUGCAAGUGUUGGAAAGGUCUCUCUAGACAUGGAAUUGCUGGAGCACAGGGUGUGUCGUUUCAGAUCCUUUUCCAUGGUGGUUAUGUCAGCUUUCACUCCCAACAGCAGUGUCCCAGAGCUCCGAUUGUUCUAAAUGCUCAAGGCUUCCUAAUUUAUGACACGCUAGUAGUUUGUUGAUAUCCUAAUUUUUACUUCUGGACCGCCAAUGAAACUGAGCAUCUUUCAUGUCUUAUUGGCCAUUCUAGUUUUCUCUUUUGUGAAAUGCCUGUACGUGUCUUUUGCCCAAAUUCCUAUUGGGUUAUCUUUUUCUUGUUGAGUUGUAAGGAUUUUUUUUUUAAGAUGUUAUUGGGGAAUUGGGGAA